GGAAGUUUACAGUGAGCUGACGGACUUUUGGAGAGUUCAGUGUUGUGCGCUCUCGGUGCGUCACACGCUCAAAAACCUCCACUGGAAGCGCACGACUCCAGACUAUUAUACAUGCAAAUACAACCAAGACUCCAGCUUCUCUCUGAAAACAACAGACUUCGUUUUCUCUACAAGCUUUAUUUCGGCUCUACUUGUGGCUGCAUCUCAGGAGUGAAAUGGAUGUCAUCCCUAUGUGUAGCAUCUUCCAGGAGCUCCAAAUUGUGCACGACACCGGAUACUUUUCAGCUUUACCAUCUCUGGAAGAGUACUGGCAGCAGACAUGCCUCGAGCUGGAGAGGUACCUCCAGAGCGAGCCCUACGUCUCGGCCACGGACCUCAAAUUUGAGAGCCAGGAGGACCUGUGGAGCAAGCUGAUGCUCGCCUGCGGGGACAAGUCAAACGAGACGGACCCAAAGAUCCCCCACAUCAAGGAGGAGGAAGACAAUCAGGACAGCCAGCACCUCGACGCCGGCGGCUUCAACUCCGACGCCAGCAGCGAGGCCUCGGACAGCUCCGAGGAGCUCUCACCUACCCUCGACUUCUCCUCAAGCUCUUUGACUGACAUUCUGGGCGACGGUGGUGAAGACCUGGGCUCCACCAUCAUCAGCACGCCGCCGUCUUCACCCGAGCUGGGCAAGGAGAGCUCUGUCGCCCAGGUGUGGAGUGGGAUACAGACUGUGCUGCACUCACCUGGGAAAAUAAGGACUGGGGGCAUGGAGAGGACCCUGGAGAGGUCAGGGCUGACCAGUGGGGAGGCGUCGCCUGAUGGGAGGAGGCGGGUGCACAGGUGUCACUUCAACGGAUGCAGGAAGGUGUACACCAAGAGCUCGCACCUCAAAGCACACCAGCGGACACACACAGGUGAGAAGCCCUACAGGUGUUCAUGGGAGGGCUGCGAGUGGCGUUUUGCACGAAGCGAUGAACUCACCAGACACUUCAGGAAGCACACUGGAGCAAAGCCAUUCAAAUGCAGUCACUGCGACAGGUGUUUCUCCCGUUCCGACCACCUGGCGCUGCACAUGAAGAGGCACAUCUAAGAUGGCCUCUGUGUCGAAAGCCCUGAGGGAUGAUUCUGGUUGAUUGUCCUGACCUGUGGGGGAUCAGCGAGGCCGGUGUGUCCUGGGAGCGUUAACAGGAGCACCGCCGUGUUCCAGUCAGUGGAAAAACAUGAAGCAACGCAGGCUAUUAUUUGCACCAUACUUAGUGCCUCCAACACCUCGCUGUGGAGAUUGCUCUUGAAAGGCUUUUACAGAGGAGCGGGAGGGCGGGGAGAGACUUUGAAAAAAAAAAAAGUUAAACGGGAAAAAUCUGGGUUGGAGAAGACAGGAAGAGACUCUUCUGUAUGGUGUUCGACGCUUUUUUCCUGGAGGAUUAUGGGACUCCUGCAGGGGUUGCCGUUGCCUCCAAUGACAGUGUGUUUGCCUGUGCGCAUGGGGACUGUGAGUGCCUGCGACUGGAUGCCUGUGCUGGCUUUAUGGAGCGGAUGGAGCUUGCAUUGUGAAACUGCGAGUGAAUGGCGUGGAGGGGUUGAUGUUACA